GCCAUUGGGGCUCCAUCAAAACUUGGUAUACCGUCCGCUCAGAUGCAAAUGGAGGAUUUAGAGCCUCUAGAGCCCUCACAGAAUACAGAGAAUCUUCGGUGAGAAAAGGUUCAGCAGAGAAAAGAGGAAAUGGGUCUCAAGAAAACAACUGACGAUCACUGGGCUUUUCUGGAAGAAUUUGAAGCUCCUAUGUGGGCAGAUCUUACCCUAGAAGCUAAGGCCAAUAACCAAGAUAUAGAUGACAAGUGGUUCCACAUAAGCCAUCCGUUCCACCAGUUUCCCUCUCACCAGUUAAAAUCUGCAUUUUCUGGUUCCAGUGAGGGGAGUGAAAACUUGGACUUUGACUUACAUGGACCAUCUUCUCCUAAACUUCCUUCCUCAGUCUCUAGAUCAAGAGGCAAACACUACAGGAGCAGAAACUGGGGAAAGGAAAAUGGUGGGUUUUCAUUAAAUAAGCAGCAUCCAGUCAAGAGUUUAAGUGGUAAAACUUCAUGGGUUGAUUCAGGCUCUAGCCAGGAAAUAAAACCAAAACCAAGCUGUGGAAACUUAAAGGGAACUUGCAGUUCAAAAACUAGUUUGGGUUGUGACAGCAGCUCAACUAGAACUUCCAUACCAAACUAUACCAUACCUAUAUCCAGUUUUGGAGAUUCAAAAGGUCGUUUGAGUUCUGUAGCAAUUAAGGCAAGUGAAAGCAAUUCAACAACAAGCACCAUUACAUUUGAAGGUACUCAUCAACAACCACAAAAGUCCUUGGAGGUAUCCAGUGGACCAUUUGGUCACACAAGUGGACUCUUGUCAGUUAUGAGGAUUACUCUUAGAAAGAGUUGUGCUACAAGACAAGCAUCAAGAGUGGAGAUCAAUAAGUGUCAGCAAUCAGAAGGAUGUAAAUCUUCUGCUGGCAAGUCCAGUGUGGGAUCGUCUUCAAAUCCUGGUUAUGAUGUUAAGGAUAGGACAGCUACAGCACUACGGAACAGAGAUAGGACCCCAGAUAGUAGAAACGUAAUGCGAACUUCUCAAACGGCUGUGAACAGAGGAAGAGCCUCAACUACAUCUAAGGCAUCAAAUGUUCUAGUUGAUUAUAGGACUAAUAAUUCAAGAAAGGAAGGUAAAAGAAUUGUUGCAAAGUCAACCACCAAGGAUGCUGUGAAAUCAAAGGUUGUAUGUCAGACUGUAAACAGAAAAGGUUUGGUACCACUUAGAGUUAAUGAACAAGAUCCAUUGACGGCUGCUACAAAAGCUAAGAGCAAAGUGGGAGUUGGUGCAUCCAAUAGAUUGGCAGGUGGUGGGAAGGAAAAUGCAAGAGGAAAGCUAGCUGUGAGCCAGAAAUCUAGUGGCAGAGACAUAGUUAGGGGUCAGACAGGGAAGAAGCAGAGUAUAUCACGAAAGGGUGAUAAAACAGGAUUCACUGGUCCAAAGGGAAAAAUCAGUGGACGAAGUGAAGGAAAAACCUCAAUGAAUGUGCAUCAGAAGGUGUUCCUCCCAUAAGGGUGCAAUGCAGCAGCAUGUGUAUAUACAAACAGAAUUCUUUUUUCUCCUUCCACCAAAGGGUGCAAUGCAGCAGCAUGUGUUCCUCCCCGUUUUUGUUCAAUCUGAUGGUAAACUUUGAUUGCUGUAGCUUGCAAUCUUUCUUCUGACCCGGGGAACCAUUGCCCCCACUGUCUUUGUGAAAUGUUCAACCCCUGUACUGGCUUUACUUGACACAUCCUUUGUAUAUAAACCUUCAAGCUAGUCAUGAGAGGAAGAAAUAUGAGAGAUGAGAUGUUCUGGGCCAAGUGGAAUAGUUCAAGACUUCAAGCUGAGCCUGGUUUAACUGGGAAUUGAGCUUGAGAUUAGCUCUCCCCCUAGCCAUGUUGAAGUCUGGAUUUUGUAGGUUUUUCAUUAUUCCAAUGCCAUACCCUAUGAGAAUGCUUAUAUUUCUUCAUUCCUC